AUGGCGCUACCCGAUCGUCUCGCCCGAAAGGCGAAACGAACGGAUGUGGACUAUGCCAUUCUAUCUUCUGGCCAACAAAUUCCCGAGUUCUCCCCGGAAGACGACUCGGACGACGAAAAUUACGGCUCUCAAAAGAAAAAGCGUCGCAAACAAUCAGCCCAGUGCUUCAUUUGCCACCGACCGUCCCGAACCUAUAAAAACACCAUGCUGAAAUGUGACAACUGUUCGAGAUUGUACCAUGGAGCAUGUGGCAGACCAUUUCAGUCGGCAUCCAUUCUAGGGAACACAAGCUGCUACGAGUGUCUCCAAGAAGCCAAAGUAGACUCGUUGAGCUCCUUACCUCGCCAGACUCUGGAUUCCGUCGCCAACUUUGUACAGGUGCUGAAGCAAGCCAAGAAAAUUGUCGUCAUAGCUGGAGCAGGAAUCAGUGUGUCAUGCGGCAUCCCGGACUUUCGGUCGAAAGACGGCAUCUAUGCCAUGGCGCGUAAAAUGGAUGUAGUGCUGCCGGAACCGGAAUGUCUGUUCCAAAUUGACUACUUCCGGGACGACCCGGCACCGUUUUUUGAGGUGGUGCGCACUGCUUUUGCCAAUUCGCCCAAGCCGUCACCAACGCAUUGGUUCUUAAAGCUACUACAAGACAAGAAAAAGUUGCUGCGCGUGUAUACGCAAAACAUUGAUGGGCUGGAGCAAGCGGCCGGUGUGACGAGGUGCAUUCCUUGCCAUGGUAGCUUUGCAUAUUCAGCAUGCAUGCGGUGCAAGAAGCGAGUGUUGACGAGCACUCUGAUGCCUACGAUCCUGGCAGGAGUCAUUCCUUCGUGUCCAGAGCUGAAUUGCCGCGGUGUACUGAAGCCUGAAAUCACGUUUUUUGGUGAAAUUUUGGAUGAUAAAGUGAGCACGACUAUUACGAAAGACCGCUUACGGGCAGACCUGCUGCUAGUCAUGGGAACGUCGCUCAAAGUUGCGCCAGUCAUGGAGAUUCCAGGAUACUUACCGUCACACAUUCCUCAGGUGGUGAUCAAUAAAACACUGUUGAAGAAAAAGAGGCUAAAGACGAACAAGCUAUCGGCGGAUGGACAACGAGUGAGUCGAUCAAGGCGCAAUUCGGACGCGACAAAUGAUGAAGAGGAGUUUGACAUGUCGCUAUUGGGCGAUUGCGAUGACAUCACGCGGUACAUUUGCAGCCAAGCUGGAUGGGAUCUGGAUCCCAAAGCGAUCAAAGCAACAAAGAAAAAGCCUUUGAUACGAAACAGCCAGAUCAUUUCUCAUCACGGAUUACCCAGCCAUAGCAUCCAUUGCUUUGGAGAAUGUCAGUGCAAUAAUCUACUCGCGGCUGACAUGGAUGAUGACGAAGAGGAUGAUGAAGAAAAGGAAGAAUUUGAGGAAGAUAUUGUGUGCAAUCGAUGUGAAGAGCGCAUCGAAACAGAAUUCAUGGAGCCCGGGUCGAAUACAAAGAUUGGUCACUACCGCUGCAAUGAUUGCUUCGAUUACGACUUGUGUGGAGAUUGCUAUCCCAAGAGAAGAUACAAGCACAAAGACGGUAGACACAGCUUCACCCAGUGCCUGUAA